GCUCGAAACUUCCUUCCGCUCUUGUACAUCCCUCUCUGCGACUGCUAGCGGACACUUUACUCCCUAUAGAUUAGCAGAGUAGUUCAUUUUCCGCGGCGCAGUGGGCUUGUCUUUAAUUGUUUUAUGUUAUGCCAAUGAGCAGACUAUUAUAUGAACGUUUUUAUGUAACUUGUUAUUUUUUUAUUUAAAUACUUAACGUUGUAUUUGUGAUAAGCUGUCAGCCGAAUGUAUAAGGGUUAGAACUAGUAAGCAGUGCUAGGCUAGGUGAGUUUGGACACCUAGCCAUACCGCAUCAUUAACACUAGUGUAGACAUUCAGUACAGAACUAUCAGAUCUAUUACCAGCACUGGAUAACUAGCUAGAGUGUUCUGCCGGCUGUGUAGCUAGCUAGCUAGCAUCCUCGCUAACAAUUGGAUUUUCCUGGAAAUGUUUUUAUGUGGCCGUAUUUUAACAAUCGCAACCACCAGAAUUGUACCACGGGGAAGGUUACAGAUCAGCACAUAUUACAGUACACGCCAUUGGUGUUUCAUCUUAACCACAUCCUCUUGCACUGGAUUUCCACAGGUAGUCUGCCUCAUGUGCCCAUGGAGAAGGAAGCCUUCGAGGGAUGGCUGAAGUUGGUCUCCACCUCCUUCUUGGCACUGAAUGACCAGCAACGCAACCAGCUGCUGGACCACCUAAUCUCUCUGAGUGGUGCUGCUCAACUCCGGCACCUUUCCAAUGGACUGGAGGCACUGCUGAAGCGUGACUUCCUGCGUCUCCUACCAUUGGAGCUGGCCUUUUACCUGCUGCGUUGGCUUGACCCUCAGACACUGCUCACUUGUUGCUUGGUGUGCAAGCAAUGGAACAAAGUAGUCAAUACCUGCACAGAAGUAUGGCAAGGUGUGUGCCGAGACCUGGGUUGGCGAAUUGACGACACCAUCCAGGAUGCUGGCCACUGGAAACGAGUCUACCUUAAAGCUAAAUUUCGCAUGAAACAACUGCGUGAGGAGGAUGCCUUUGAAACAAGCUCCUUGAUUGGGCACAGUGCCCGGGUGUAUGCCUUAUACUACAAGGAUGGCCUUCUCUGUACAGGCUCUGAUGACCUAUCAGCCAAACUGUGGGAUGUCCGCACUGGCCAGUGUAUCUACGGCAUCCAAACACACACCUGUGCUACUGUGAAAUUUGAUGAGCAAAAACUUGUGACAGGGUCUUUUGACAACACCAUCGCAUGCUGGGAGUGGAGUACAGGUGCCAAAAUCCAGCAGUUUCGUGGACACACUGGGGCAGUGUUUAGUGUAGACUACAAUGAUGAGUUGGACACACUGGUCAGCGGUUCUGCUGACUUUACUGUUAAGGUGUGGGCUCUAUCAGCUGGAGCAUGCCUCAAUACCCUGACUGGACACACUGAGUGGGUCACUAAGGUACUCCUUCAGAAAAGCCAAGUUGAGUCCAUGAUGCACAGUCCUGGUGACUACAUCUUACUAAGUUCAGAUAAAUAUGAAAUCAAGGUGUGGCCUAUAGGGCGAGAGAUCAACUGUAAAUGUCUGAAGACUCUGUCCGUGUCUGAGGAUCGCAGUGUGUGCUUGCAGCCCCGGUUACAGUUUGAUGGGCGCUACAUUGUCUGCAGUUCAGACCUCGGCGUCUACCAGUGGGACUUUGCCAGCUUUGAUGUGCUAAGAGUUAUUAAACCACAUCAAGACCCAGCAAGUCCCUCCCUUCUCAGCUUUGGGGAGGUGUUUGCUCUACUGUUUGACAACCACCACUUGUAUGUAAUGGACUUGAGGUCUGAAACCAUCACAGGCCGCUGGCCACUGCCAGCCUACCGCAAAUCGAAAAGAGGCUCCAGUUUCUUACCAGGCAUCACCUCAUGGCUCAAUGGCUUUGAUGGGAAGAAUGAUGCAGGCCUGGUGUUCGCCACCAGCAUGCCAGACCAUAGCAUACAUCUGGUUCUGUGGAAGGAGAAUGGCUGAAGUGGAAAUGAGCAUGUGCCUGCUUUAUUUAAUAACAGGGAUGGUAAACAAAGAAGACAAAAAGGGUGCUCUUAAUUUCUAAAACCUGCAGCUUAGCUAUUGCAUGGACCAAAAUCUCUCUUAUUAUUUUUUCCUUUCAGUUUCUGCUGUCACAUUUUGGCCAAAAAAAACUUUCUUCUGCAACAUGUUGAUAAAAUGUGGAUAGUGGGUGAGGCCUUGACGAUGCCUGCUGGGUUAGACCUCUUUUUGUUCUGACCAUUACAUAAAAGUGAAAGCAUCUGUGAAACAAGCACUUAACUGAACAGAAAUGUCUGGCUGCAGCACAAUCGUCCAAAUUCAUGAAAACAUUAUUAACAUAAACAUAAGAUUUGUCUUUGUGUAA